GGCUCCCUGUAUCCGUCGCCAUCCUUCGCGGCGCUUAGCCCAGCGCUCCUCGCGACGCCAUGCCGCCCAAGUUCGACCCCAACGAGAUUAAAGUCGUGUUCUUGAGAUGCACUGGAGGUGAAGUUGGUGCCACUAGUGCUCUGGCUCCUAAAAUUGGACCCCUGGGUUUGUCUCCCAAAAAGGUUGGGGAUGACAUUGCCAAAGCGACCGGCGACUGGAAAGGGCUGCGAAUCACUGUGAAGCUGACCAUCCAGAACAGGCAAGCUCAGAUUGAAGUGGUCCCAUCAGCCUCCGCCUUGAUUAUCAAAGCUCUGAAGGAGCCACCCCGUGACCGAAAGAAGCAAAAGAACAUUAAGCACAGUGGCAACGUCAGCUUUGAUGAGAUCGUGAGCAUUGCCAGGCAAAUGCGGCACAGGUCCUUGGCGCGGGAGCUCUCUGGAACCAUUAAGGAGAUCCUGGGAACGGCCCAGUCCGUUGGCUGCAAUAUUGAUGGGAGACAUCCCCACGACCUCAUUGAUGACAUCAACAGUGGUGCAGUUGAAUGUCCAGCGAGCUAAGACGGCAGCCCAUGGGAACUCUACACAGCAAGUUCCACG